AUGGCUUACCCAUACCCUUUUGCAUUCCCUGAUGCUAGACAAAUUUCCCAAGUGUCAUCUUACUCCACACUCUCCGGUGCACUUGAACCUGCACCGACUCAGUCAACGUAUUACCCUGUUCGGCCGAAUGCCAGUACCUCCGGUAAUUCUGCUCGCUCUUGUUACCCGUACCCUGAGAGGAAUGUUUUGCACCCUGCCAAAUACAUGGCCAAUAUGCCACCCGCUGUGCCCAAAAAGAUGUACAAGACCAUCGCUCCUUCAGGAUUCCAUCGGCUCCCGCAGCCCGUUGUCACUGACACAUCUGCAUCCCCGAAAUCGUGGUGUAGGAUUGGAUCCCAGCACGCUGCCAUCAAAUUUAACAGGAAGGGUGGAGGGAUGGCCUUCCGUGUCAACGAGCUGGUCGAGCUCGAAGAUAAGCCAGAGGUGGAAGGAGGCCAUGAUCAGGUGUUUAGUGGCAUAGGAGAUAGGUUUAUCAAGGUUUUCAUCACGUGGCCUGGGUACAGUCAAUUAAUUGUAGAAAGGCGUAUCUGCACCGAUAAUGGAACUCUCAAAAGAGAGAAGUUGCUCAAGUUGUUGGCGAAGUACGUCGAAGACCUCGUGCAGAAUAUCCACCGCAAAUCGAUACAUGUAGAAAAAGGAUACGAGAAAUACAAGGUUGAGUGGAGGCCACGUGGGGUGCCCAGUAUUUGGAGAGACUGUUUGAUCACUAGUCUUGUCCAUGAAUCGGGAUCCAACUGGCAGGUGGAACUUCAUGUGAAGGCUUGA